CUUGGAAGCGGAGGCAGCAGUGGCAAGGUGGAGAAGGCUCUCAAGCACUUUGAAAAUGCUGCCAGUCUUGUCGCAGAUAAUCCGGAUGUGUUGAAUGAAUAUGGUCAGUUCAUUGAAGAACAGCAUAAUGCUCUCAAUUACUCUCCUGAUGCUAUAUCAAACAGUAAACGCACAGCUCAUCUGGUUGACCAAUUAAAUCUGAUAAUAUUUCAUCAUUUAGAUGAGAAGAGGGACUUACUAAUGGCUAAUAUAGAUGCUACAAAUUUUGAAACCAAAAAGCUGAUUUUUUUAUCUGCAUAUAUACCACACUACAUUGAAGGAAGUAUUGUGACAAUAAACCAGCUGAAGUAUCUAUUGGAAACGAAAAUCCUGGGAGUUAGCUAUGUAGUAAAUAAAAAAGUUGUCGACGAGGCAUUAUAUGACAUUCUGGAAAUUCAUAAAAGGGUUUUGGGUCACGCUGGAAGAUUUAGGAACGAACAAGUGUAUGUUGGAGGUCAUAUUCCGCCUCCUCCAGAGCAAGUACCUAAAUUGAUGAAUGCGUACGUCGAGUGUUUGAAUUUCGAGGAGAUAAUGAACAUGCAUCCAGUUCGGUUGGCAGCUUUAGCCCACUACAAAUUAGUGGACAUACAUCCAUUUUUGUAUGGAAACGUUCGCACAAGUAGAUUAAUCAUGAAUUUAAUAUUGUAAGGCUAUCCACCGAUAAUUAUCUACAAGGACAUGCAUAAGUACUACGAAUGUUUAAUGGUGGCGAAUACUGGAGACGUGAGACCUUUCGUCAUAGUGUAUUGUACGGAUGAAACUUUAAAUACUUAUCUUUUUACAGAACAAGAAGGUGUGUCGCAGGAGCUGGAGGAUUCUAGUCCUGUGAUUGAGAUCGACAAAAUCGGAAACGUGUAAUUAAAUCAAAUAGUAAAAAUCGAUUGUGAUGUUUGUAUAUUAAUAAUAUAUGAUAUAUUUAUUACUUAACGCUUUGGAAUAGGAAAGAAGAAGAUAUUUAUAUUGUAAUAAAAUUGAUUGUCAACCACCAAAAUAAUAAAUAAUUUCAU